CGUGCUUUUACACUACCCGCGCCGGUGGUAAAUGCAAGCGAGAGAAAUUCAACUGCGUGGUUUGGAGCAGACAGGCGGAGGCGGCUGUAUCUGCGCAGUCAAGGGAUUUCAGGCUACAUUUUUCGCCCAACCUGACACAUAGUGACUGGAGAACAGGAAGGGAGCCUUGAUGUGGGCAGUAUGAGUAAGACGCCCCCUAACAGAAGAGGGAUAACAUUUGAGGUGGGAGCUCAGCUCGAGGCCAGAGACAGCCUCAAAAACUGGUAUGCUGCCAACAUAGAGAAGAUUGACUACGAAGAUGAGAAAGUACUGAUUCAUUACCGCCAGUGGAGCCACCGCUACGAUGAAUGGUUUGAGUGGACCAGUCCGUACCUGAGACCCGUGGAGAGAAUUCAGCUGAGACGGCAGGGCCUGCACGACGACAACUCACCUGGCUUUCAUGUAAAUGACAAGGUUCUGGCCAGCUGGUCUGACUGCCGUUUCUACCCAGCCAAGGUCAUUUCAGUCAAUAAAGAUGCAUCCUACACUGUGAAGUUCUACGACGGCGUCAUCCAGACGGUGAAGGGGAUGCAUGUAAAGCCUUAUAUUAAAGAGAGAGGUGGAGCUGGGGGCAGAUCUCGGUCCUCAGACAAGAACGUGGUGCGAAGGGCCCCGAACCGCAGAGACAGGAGGCCGCAGGAGAACGGCUGUCCCAAAAACAAGCGCGCCCGGCGCAGCACUUCGGACCAGGACGAGGACAGCAACAGCGACGAUGAAGAGCAGGAGGAGGGUGCGGUGAACGACAAAAACCCCAAACUGAACGGCGUCUCCGAGGCCGAGCACGCCGCUACCAAACAGGAGACUGCAACCUCGGAGCAGAGCGACCCUGCUGACGCCGAGAAGGGAACGGGACUCAUGAACGGCGUGAAGGUGGAAAAAGACGACGGGGAGACGGAGGUAGAGCGUCGCGCGAACGGAGACGUGAAGAAGGAAGAGGAGGAGUUGGAGCAGAGCCUAACAAAGCCAUACACAGAGCCACCUAAGCCAUACGCAGAGAUGCAGAGCGAGUCGUCGGCGCCGACGGAGCAGGACUCUGUCACUAUGACGACCGCCGAAUCCAGCGGCGAUGCGGAGCAGAAGCCAAACGUCCAAUCAGAGAGUGUGCAACCUGCAGCGGACGCACCGCCUCCUCAGCUUGUGAAACCGGUACGGAAGCAGGGCUUCCACAAUCCCAACAGAUUCAGCCGAGAGCCAUUGUACCGAGUCAUCAAAAACCAGCCUCCUCCGGUUCUGUCCAUCAACCUUGACCACAAUCCCUUCAAGUGUGGCGCUCCAGGCUGCACAAAGUCAUUCCGUAAAGCGAAGCUGCUGCAUUAUCACAUGAAAUAUUACCACGGUGAAGAGCCGCCUGCGGAGGGACCGCAGAGCCCCACCAGGAGCGUCCAGACCAGGGCUUCUGACAAGCAGCCUGCUGCUGCUCCUGGUCUGGAAAGCUCCAAGCGACGCCGCACCAUUUCUGCCUCUAUGCACUCAGUUGGAGCUGCUGCGGCUCCACGUGGUGACAUCAAGGCUGCAGGCAGGCGCACAUCCGCCCCUCCUGCAGUCAGCACCCACAGCCACCAGCAGAGGGCGCUGCUGAGGGAGAAGAGUAAGGAGAACCAGCUGGACAGGAACCUCUGCCAGCUGCAGGACAAGGACACUGACAAGAUUUGCUUUGACAUUGGGAAACCCAAAGAGAAACCCAAACAGAAGGACUUCCUCCGCAUUAAGCUAAAGAAGAAGAAGAAGAAGAAAAAGAAGGCCAAGUCUGAAAACACUGGUAGUGAGGAGAAUAUUGACAUCUCAGUAUUGGGUCUUCACUCCAAAUUGAAUUUGCCACUCAAAUUCUCCCUCUCACACAAUCACAAGCCUGAGGCCUACCCCAGCAGGCCCGGACACAGCUACACAGAGCAGAUACUUGUUGAUGACGAGGACAGCAUCAGCGACUGGUCCACUGACAGCUGCAGCUGGAGCGAUGACGAGUUCGACGUGGACCUGGACGUCACCACGCCUCCCCUCAGCGUCGACUCCGGCGCUUUGGACUCCACCGACCAGGAGAUUGUGCGCUGCAUCUGCGAGGUGGAAGAGGAGAACGACUUCAUGAUUCAGUGCGAGGAUUGUUUGUGCUGGCAGCACGGCACCUGCAUGGGUCUGAUGGAGGACAACGUCCCGGACAGAUACACCUGCUACAUCUGCAGAGAUCCGCCAGGUGAGACCGGCACGCAGUUACCUUCAGCCACAACUGGAAAGAAACGGAUCUGCUUGCAUCACACAUGUCAGAGGCAGAGUCUGCGCUACUGGUACGACCGCGAGUGGCUGACCAACGGCCACAUGUACGGCCUCUCCUUCCUGGAGGAGAACUACUCCCACCAGAACGCCAAAAAGAUCACCACCACCCAUCAGCUGCUGGGGGACGUGCACCACAUGGUGGAGAUCCUCAACGGACUGCAGCUCAAGAUGAGCGUCUUACAGAGCAGCACUCACCCUGACCUCAGGCUAUGGCAGCAGCCGUGGAAGCACUUCGACCGGCCGCGGCUCGGCUCGGACUCGUGCCGCGGCAGCAACACGGCCCCGUCCCCGCUCACCCCCGACGAGGACAUGAGCAGGGGGGAGAUCCUGAUGUCCAACGCGCUGGAGAAGCUGAGCCGGGCCGCCACGGCUGCAGCCUCCGCCGCCUCGUCGUCCUCCUGCUCCCCCUCGCCCUUCCCGUCUUUCCAGGACUCGUACAUCACCAGCGAACACUGCUACCAGAAGCCGCGGACGUAUUACCCGGCCGUGGAGCAGCGGCUGGUGGUGGAGACCAGGCAGGGCUCCGAGCUGGAGGACAGCAUGAGGAGCACAGAGGAGCUGCUGGAGCGGGAGCAGCGCUUCGGGAGCCUGCUGGACAUGGACAGGCCCAAGUCAACGGGCAACAGCAACAAGGCUUUAAUGGGUGUGUCAUGGUUGCAUGCUGAGAGCAGAGAGGAUGAUGGGAGAGACCUCGCAGAUAACGGCCAGUACCAACAGUGGCAAAUUAACUUGCUGGAUCACAUCGACGCUGUCCAGGACGAGGUCUCUCAUAGGAUGGACUUCAUAGAACGAGAGUUGGACGUGCUGGAAAGCUGGCUCGACUACACCGGGGAGCUGGAGCCUCCGGAGCCUCUCGCACGCCUCCCUCAGCUCAAACACCGCAUGAAGCGGCUGCUGACGCAGCUCGGCAAGGUGCAGCAGAUCUCCCUGUACAGCUCCACAUGAGGGCGCCAGAGGUCUGCUGCGGGUUAGAGCGCCUGGCGGUGACUUGCGUGUCUACGGUGGAGCGGCGGAAGAGGCUCUCUCUCUGGGGGGGAAACGGUCCGACCUCGCUCAGCUUCCCGCCGUCCGAGGUGGAAUCAUAGAAAUAUCGAUAUGACCACAAACGGAAAAGCAAGCAUCCUUUGCAUCAGGAUUUUACAUAAAGAGCAACCUCGUUAAAAUAAGGGGGGGGGGAAUCCAGACGGAAAUCCUUAGGACCAGAUUACACUUAACGUGGCUCUCAUGCAACUCUAAACCUUGUGAAUGCCUUUUGUCCGAACUGCCGCUGAAGGUUGCCCUCUCUCUCUCUCGGUGCACAGUGCUUUACACACAGCUUUAGAUUCAGAUUGCAGUUGUGUACUUGAACCAACACACUCUUUGCAAUAGUGUUUCGAACACAUUUUCGCUUGUUGUUUUUUUUGCAUCUCAGACUUUGUUUUUCUCCGUCUGUCCUGCCAUAUUAAAUUGAACAAUUGUUUUGUUUUUUUUAGACGGGUGGCGAUUUGAAGACAUUCACUGUAAAAUUACGUUUCAAAGAGGUCUAUAAAAAUGAUCAGUUUCCUAUUAUACACUGUGAAGUUAAUUUCUGUCUCACAUGAAAGGUAGGCUCUGUUUUUUUUUUUGGCUCGUGUUUAUUCAUCUCCUUAUUUUUACUUCUAUAUUUGUGUCGCUGUAGCAUUUUGAAGUAUGAUUCACUGGGAACUUGUAAUGUGGAUUCCUCUUAACAUAGCAUUUUGUGUAAGUGUAAUAUAUUGCCUAGAACAUGUGUACAUUUAUUUUUAUCUCAUUCUCUUUCCUCUGUUUUCUUCAUUCAUUUUGUUUUUAAGCCAUCAUUCAAAAUGUGUUCUGAAUAAAAAUACAGAUAUUGUAUGGUAAUGUACUGUAACUGUCUGUCUUAGAAGCAGGGAAAAUGUCAACGGCAAUGCAAACAGAUCUGGAACGUAAAUAAACUAUCAUUGUUAUUAAUCUCUA